ACAGUUGUUGGUGCCCGACCGGCCUGUGUGAGCCAGAGAACGGGAGAGAGAGACGGAGAAUCGUGCGAGCGAAACGGGACGAGGGAAAAGAGAUAGAGGGAGCAAAGGGAGCAGCUCGUGGAACGCCGUGUCCUCGCGUGCUCGUGUCGCGUCUCUCGUCUCGAGCGCGGCCAUUACGACGGAGCCGCUCGGUGACGCUUGCAACGUCGCGCGUAGGGACGGUAGCGUGAUAGGCUGUUGGUCGCGCGCGUGAACGCGGAGCCGAACGUCGUCGCGCGUAACACACGGGCAGAGCGCACGUGUGCGAGUCCGAGCGAAUUGACGCCGCCGCUGUCGCCAGCGCAGGGGCUGUCGGAGGGGUGGUUGACGAGCGCGAAACGAGGGAGCGCGGAAGCUGCCGAGCGCGCACGACGUUGUCGCGUCGCAUCGUGCGAGGGACCAAAUCGAGUUUGCGACUUCGAACCGUACGGUGGGCGACCGGACGCACGACGAGUCUGGUACGCGGUGCGCGUGUGCGUGUGUGCCUACACGUGGUAUACGGGGAAUCGAAGAAAUCUAGAUAGCGAAGGAAAGAAGCAACAACAGUCGCCACCAUGUUUGACGUGUUCGGUUCCGUCAAGGGGCUGCUGAAGCUCGACUCGGUGUGCAUCGACAACAAUGUGUUCCGGUUGCACUACAAGGCCACCGUCAUCGGACUCAUCAUCUUCUCCCUGCUGGUGACCUCCCGGCAAUACAUCGGCGACCCGAUCGACUGCAUCGUGGACGAGAUACCGCUCCACGUGAUGGAUACUUACUGCUGGAUCUACUCGACCUUCACGAUCCCGGAUCGAACCGGCAUCGUCGGCAAGGACCUGGUGCAGCCGGGAGUCGCCGCCCAUGUCGAGGGCGAGGACGAGGUAAAAUAUCACAAGUAUUACCAGUGGGUCUGCUUCACCCUCUUCUUCCAAGCGAUCCUCUUCUACAUCCCGCGCUACCUGUGGAAGACAUGGGAGGGCGGUAGGAUCAAGAUGCUGGUGCUGGAUCUUAAUUGCCCGGUGGUGAGCGAGGAUUGCAAGAGCGACCGGCGCAAGCUGCUGGUCGAAUACUUCACCUCGAAUCUGCACUCGCAGAACUUCUACGCGUAUCGCUUCUUCCUGUGCGAGCUGCUGAAUCUCGUCAACGUCAUCGGCCAGAUCUUCUUCAUAGACUUCUUCCUGGACGGCGAGUUCACCACUUACGGCUCCGAGGUCCUCAGGUUCACCGAGCUGGAGCCCGAGCAGCGCAUGGAUCCCAUGUCCCGGGUGUUCCCGAAGGUGACCAAGUGCACAUUCCACAAAUAUGGUGCGUCCGGCACGGUGCAGAAGUUCGAUGGUCUUUGCGUGCUGCCGCUCAACAUCGUCAACGAGAAGAUCUACGUGUUCCUCUGGUUCUGGUUCAUCAUCUUGGCGGCCCUGAGCGGCCUCAGUCUCUUCUAUCGCGUGGCUGUCCUACUCGGCCCCAAGCUCCGGAUGGUGCUGUUGCGAGCUCGCUCGCGUCUGUCACCGCAGGACCAGGUGAAAACCAUCAGCGACAAGUGCCAGAUAGGCGAUUGGUUCGUUCUCUAUCAGCUCGGCAAGAACAUCGAUCCCCUGGUCUACAAGCAGCUCAUCGCCGACCUCGCCAUCAAGCUCCAGGGGAAGGAGAACGUGUAACGAUCGCACGGAACGAUCGGGAAGGACCUCUUCGAGGUCCUUCGACGAGUCCUUCGAAGGAUUCCUCGUCUCCUCUAUCAGAGUGACGCCAUGCUCGACGGUGAGAGGAAGCGAACGGUAGGACCGAGUCUCCGGACUAGAGACAAGAAUGACGAAGAGCCGUUUGUCGCGGAUGCAAAAGUACUGGGAAGACGAGGAUCGGAGGAAUUAGCGUCUUGGGCCGAAUUGCACCGGUGCUCCGGUCAAUAAUUUCCUAUCUCUUCUUGUAGUAUAUUUUAUAAAAAGAAAAAAGAAGAAGAGAAUCUCGGGGACUAAUCGGACUUUGGUUCUACUUUUCCUUAGAUUUUCGAUUCGAUCAAGCAUAUCUUGAAUUAGUACGAUCGACAUUAAUUAAUAAAUCAGAUUAAUAAUCGAUUCACGUAGGCUCCUGCAAAACUCACACGUCGGUAAAGAAGCGAGAGUUUAGUCAAUUCAAAGUUAAUCGCUUAACAAAUUGGGGUUAAUAAAGUUUAUUGCUUUCUCGCGUAGGUAAUUAAUAACUAGUUUUAUUAUUAAGAGUAGAGCUUAAGUCGCUUUCUUUGCCCACGUUUUCAAUUCUUCCUCCGAGAUGAGACAAAGAGGAGGAACAGUUUAGUAUCGUCGGUGCAAUUUGGCCUCGGUAGUUAGUUUUUUUUUUCUUUUUUUUUCUUCUCUCUUAGACCAACAUUUUUUAUAUCUCGCCGUUCCUCUCUUUCGCGCGAGUACACGCUUCCAUUCUCCAGGUAGGUUUACGGUCGAGACAAAGCGUGCCGUUCGCCGCCCGCCCCCUCGCCUCUCCUCCUCGUCUUCGCGUCGAAGCUCUCCUCGAAUCCUUUCACAUCGCCGAGAGUUUCCCAUCGAUUUUACAUCCGCCUAUUCCACUUAUUUCUACGUUUGUCCGCUUCCUUCAUUUUAUUUCGUUACACCCUCUUGGAUUUUCUCGGGCAAGAUUUUGACCUCCAAUGGUCGAACUCUUGCCGUCUAAUGCUUAUUGAUUUAAUUUUUCGUGUUUUUUCUUUUCGUAUUAUAUACGUAAUAAUGAUGGAAGCGUCGAAAAAACUUUUGGAAUUCUUAUAAUACGUGUUAUUUUUUUUUUCAAUCGAAACAUUUUACUUUUGCAGAGAAUGUGAUUGCAAAAAAUAAAUCAUUCUUUAUUUUUAUGAAAUUUAAACGUCCGACGCACUUGCGUAAAACGUUUCUUUUCGCGAAUAUUCUUACGAAGCAGAUGAUCAGUCUUGCCAUCAUAUAAGGAACUCGUUAUUUAAACAAUCGCGCGGUUCAGCUUUUCAGCAGUUUAAUUUACAUUUCUACAAUUUAAUUUACAUUUCUACAAUUUAAUUUACAUUUCUACAAUUUAAUUUACAUUUCUACAAUUUAAUUUACAUUUCUGUAAUUCCAAUAAGUAAUCAAAAUUAAUUAAGAAUAUUAUUUCGUUAUCCUUUUAUUUUUUCCUCGUCAAAAUUAGUGAGCUAAAUGGAAAAAAAAUUUAAUAGAAGCAGCUUUGUUGCUCCGCGCGAGUUGCCUUCUUUCACACGUGUUCUUUGCGGCAAAGUGUACAUAAAGUUUGCGGAUAAAGCCCCUCGUAACACCAACGUCCUAUGGUCAUGUGUGUGCACGCGGUGAAUAAAAAUCCUCGCGUCUUCCACGAAGCGCCUCACCGCCUUCCUCGCUUGCAUUCCUACGAGUCGCAAAAGCGAACGUCUUGUUCGUGACGAUACGACCUGCCUUGUAAGAAUAAUACGAGCGGAACGAGAAAAUCUAAGAGGGAAACGCAAGGCCGUCACAGAGGAGAUUAAUCUUACAUCUUAGAAAAAGAUCCUUAUUGUUCUUUUUUUUUUUCAAAAUAUUUUGGGCUUUAUAUCGCGUAGACAAAAGGCUGUCCUUUGACAAAAAACGAGAGGAGAGAAAAAAAAGCACCUGUGAAAGAGCUUAAAAGAGCGCGAGGUCUUCCCGGCACCUCGGAAACCUUCGUUCGUUAGACUUGGAUCGUGUGAUAAAGCGGGGGACGGCGUGUCAUCUCUUGGUUCUAUUCUCUCGCUUUCACCUUCCUUGCUGCUUGUUUUUGGUCUCCCUGUUGAAAACUGAAUCUCGAACUCGACAGAGAGAUAAGAUUGACCAACGACAAAUACCUGAUGCACCUAACAUGGAUCGCGUGUAUCAGACAGAGAGAGAUUUCCGCUUUUGUUAUCUUGCGAAGAGCCUGCGUCAAGUUUACCUGUCGGAAAAAGAUCAGUAAAAGAUUCAACAUUCUUUGUUAUGCGAACUCUCUCUCGAUUUAGAAUUACGUAGGUCUUUCGAUCGCUCUUUCACGCAAGAGAAUCAUACGCGCCGCCCCCCGCCAAACCCUAUCUUUUGAUUUCUUUACGCUACUCUUACGCACUUUGAUCUUUCUUAUAUUUUAAAAGUAUCGUAUAGAAAUACAUAUGUAUAUUGUAGGUAUAGUAGAGAGAGAAAAAAAAAUUGUACAUGUAUAUGAGCAUAGAGAGAACAAGAAAAUGAGAGAGGAGGGAGGAGAGGGAAUGAGAGGGAAAAAAUCGUGUGUAUGUGUGCGUGUAUGAGUGUAGAUAUUAACGCGCGUCUUCCGUCUUCAUCAUUCCACGCCUUAAAAGACAUAC